CACGGAACUCAGUCUCGCCACAGGCCAUUUUGUGCCAUCUCCACACUCCCACUAGCUGAAACCUCAAUGUCAAACCCCUAAUAAAUGCGGGCUAAUAAACCGUUACAGGUCACAGUAACCUUCUUUCUUCAAAAGUGAACCCAGUGCCCGAAACCAAUCAAGCUUCCUCCCAUCGUUCUUCCAGCUCUCAUUCACCUCAGAACUCCAGCAUUCAAGAAACAGCUGGUGAUAAUUUAUAGCCAUGGCCGUUCUUCCCUCCUCUUCCUCUCGCCUUUCUCCUUCCCCUCCCCCCUUCGCUCCCAUUCAGGAGGAAGAAACAGAACACGACGAGCCCGAACCAGAACCCGAAAAGAGCACGGCUGCCACAUAUCAUCACCAACCCACACCUCUCCACCCUUCCGCCAAAUCCUCCCGCAGCGAAGACCUCUCGGUUUCCUGCAGCAAGUGCCGUCCUUCCUCUCGCGACAAAAUCACCGUCGUCCCCCUCGACAUCAACGGCCCAAAACGCCCCUCCUCUGUUUCCGGUUCCACGCCCAACGCUCUCCUCCGAUCCCUCUUCCGCGCGCUCGCACCCAAAACCCCUCUCCACAUAGCAUCCACCCCAUGCUCCUCCUCAGACGCCCAAGAAAACGCCGAAUGGAAGCUCACAGCUGCGGAGCUCUCCCGGAAACUCCUCCACGUCACCCGCAAGCGCGACGAAGCAAUCCUUGAAGCCUCCCGGCUCAAAUAUUCCGUCUCCAAGCUCGAGCGCAAGCUGAACCAGCUGGAGUCUCGCUGCCGCGACUUACAAACCUCCCUCGAUCGCUGCAUCGCCGGCCCAAACGAAACCGCCGUCGAGCCGUUCAUUCUCGCCGUAAACGACGCUCGGACCGCCGUGCGGCAGUUGAGCCGGUAUCUGAUAGCACAGCUCCGGGCUGCGCCGCGGUCCAUGGACCGGCUCGGGUCUAUUCUCCGAUCCAACGGUUUGGUUAAAAAGAACCCCGGGAGCUUGAUCAUCGGGUUGGAGUCGGUUCUGAACCGGGUUUUUUAUUCCGAUUUCGAGCGGGCGGGAGAGGGCGAGGGGAUGCUGGCCGACCCCGCGGACCGGUGCAAGGCGAACCGGGCGGCUUAUGAGGCUAUCCGGGGCCUGGGUUGGGAGGAUGUAUUGAGCAAGGGAACGAGGUAUUUCAGUGAGGGGUUAAGCAGGUUCUGCGACCGGCGGAUGAGCGAGGUGGUGGGGAUGCUGGGCUGGGCUCGAGCAUGGCCGGAAGGGCUUCUGCAGGCUUUUUUUGGGGCGGCCCGGGGUGUUUGGGCUGUGUUUCUGCUGGCUCGGUCGGUGCACCCGGGUAUGCCAAUUUUGCGGGUGGACCGGGGGGCUCGGUUUGAUCCGGUUUACAUGGAGGAAUCGACCGGGGUUAAACCAGGGACGGGGGAGGUGAUUAUGAUGGUGGCCCCGGGGUUCUACGUUCACGGCGCGACUUGCAGUGUCGUUAAGUGCAGGGUGAUCGUGGCGUUCAGGGAACAGAAUGAGAGUAAUUGUGAUCGCCUUAAGUUGUAAAAUUUUUUUAUUUAAUAAUAUUAUUAUUAGUGUGCUUUAUGUUAUAUACGCACGAAAUAAGCAAAAUAUGAUAAUUAUGGUGGCUUUUAAUUUCUUCAAAAGCUCCUUUGUUGAAAAGGAGAAGGCCGCCUUCAAUGUCUAUUUUUCUUGUUCUUGAGGCACAAUUUUAGAGGCGCUUGCAUAAUCAUCAUCU